GGAGAUGGACUUUCGACCUGUAUGGUUUUGGGAUUUGAAGUUGAUACAGUGAACUCCGUCCAGUUUUCAAACCACACAGGUUAUGCCCACUGGAAGGGUCAGGUGUUAAAUUCAGAUGAACUUCAUGAACUGUAUGAAGGACUUAAGCUGAACAAGGUCAACCGGUAUGAUUAUGUACUCACAGGGUAUACAAGAGAUACAUCGUUUCUUGCAAUGGUGGUGGAUAUUGUCCAGGAGUUGAAGCAACAGAAUUCUAACCUAGUAUAUGUAUGCGAUCCAGUGAUGGGUGACAAAUGGAAUGGAGAAGGUUCUAUGUAUGUGCCCAAGGAUCUCCUCCCAGUCUACAGGGACAAAGUUGUACCCGUUGCUGAUAUAAUUACUCCUAACCAGUUUGAAGCUGAGUUACUCACGGGCAGGAAGAUUCACACAGAAAAAGAAGCUUUAGAGGUAAUGGAUAUGCUCCAUGCCAUGGGACCAGAGACUGUGGUGAUCACAAGCUCAGAUCUACAAGGGCCUCUAGGAAACGACUAUCUAAUUGCUCUGGGAAGCCACAGAAAAACUAAAGCAGAUGGUACCAAGAUGACACAAAGAAUUCGAGUGGAGUCUCCUAAAGUGGAUGCUGUCUUUGUUGGAACAGGAGACUUGUUCGCUGCUAUGCUUUUGGCAUGGACACAUAAGCAUCCAAACAAUUUGAAGGUGGCCUGUGAAAAGACUGUGUCAGCCAUGCAACAUGUUCUGCAAAGGACCAUUAAGAGUGCAAAAGCACAAGCUGGAGAAGGAAACAAACCAAACUCAGCCCAGCUGGAACUGAGAAUGGUCCAAAGCAAAAAGGACAUAGAAAACCCAGAGAUCAUAGUGAAAGCCACCGUGUUAUAAAGGCUGUACGUCUCCAAUAACGCACAAUGUAUUGAUGUCCUCAUUUCUUUCCUGUAAAUUGUAAUAUUUGCCUUAGAUCUGUGACAGAAACCUGACUUUCAUGAAAUAGUGCCCAGCAUAGGCAGAUAUCCACUCUCAAACAUAUGUGCUGGCCUUGCUCAGUUUUAAAAACAAAACAGUUAGUGUACAUUGAAGCAUAUUACCAGGUAUCAAAAUGGCUGUCAAAUUCACUUAGUCUGUGUAGUUACCCAGGGCAAGAGAGUACAAUGUUCCUGCCUUGCCAAAGACUUUAGAUGUGAAUUUGCUAAUAGAAUGCUUGACUGACUGGAAAGAUUCUAUUUCAAGAUGGCAUCUAGUGCCAAUGGAGCUGGCUCCAUGCUCCCUUUUCCUGGAGAUAUCUGGUUACCUACUCUGGUAUUCAGGAUCUCAGCUGCUAUGAAACUAAGCAGGGUUGAAACUACACACAAAGUUCAGGUUGUGUGUAGGAGUACUUUGAAGAUGUUUGGCAUUUAAGUACUCUGAAGUGACCUUGAGGUAUCAUUCAUGUUACUGAUAACAGCUCCUGUUUCUUGUCUAUGAACAGCUGCAGUUUUUGUAGGUACUGGUUGCUUAUUUCUAAUGUCCACGGGUGCCCACAUGAUUUUCUUCCAAAAGCUGCUCGAAAAACAUCUUCAUUAAUAAGAUAAUAUCUUUAUUCAGUAGCACUGACUAGCAGUUUGUAGUUCUACCUCUGAGGCCAGGUUUGGUUGUUUUCUUUAGUUUUUAACUAAGGACAAACAUUCCGUAAGGACAAAAGAAAGCAGCUCUUAGCCUGAAAGCUGGCUACCCUAGUUUGUUCUUUAUGAGUGGAUGUACUUACAAACUACGUAGGGCACUUCCACUUAACAGUACUGAGCCCUGUUGGUAGGCUUAUCAAUGAAGCAAUGUGUUAAAAGGUAGUAUUUUUAGUUAAGUCAGGUUUAGUAAGUUACAUAUGGUUACCACAUGCUGUGAAACAGACAAAAUUAAUUUGUUCAUAAUGUAAGUCUCUGCAGCCUACGCUGAUUAGAGAUGAUGGAAAUGCAUUAUUAUUAAUGCAUCUUUAUUUCAAAAUUCUGCUUCAUAAGGCUUCAAAAUGGGAUUCUUAAUAAUUUCAGCAUCCUAUACAUCACAACCACAUGUUAUGCCAGUAGGGCAGAUACACUGACAGGUACUGACUGCUUGUACUUCUGUAUGAUUUCUGUAUAGGACUGAGGUUCCUCCUUCUCCCAAGAUGAGGUCUAGUGUGUUGUAAAAUCCAAACUCAGUUGAUGAGCUUUAUUUGUCUCAGACAGCAUAGGGAGAUUAAAAUUGCAUUUCUCCUUGCAGUGACAUGAAACAAAUUUGCAUUAGAGGAAAGGGCUGAGUUUUUAUUGUUUACCUGAGUAUGUUCAGGAAACUCACUCUUGGGUCUCUCCUAGGUACCUUUCCUGCACUUUCCUCGUCAUGUUUGCAUAACUGAUAGUGUCACUUGCACAGCUCGGCAGUCCCCAGAAGAGCUGGUUUGGAGAUUGCUUUGGCCACUGAAGUCUUCUUAUCCCACCACUUUUGUGGAUUUUCUGCCAUUGUAAAAGUUAAUUGGUUUCACCUACUAGAAGAGUACUUUAUCCUUAAAGUGAAUUUUUAGCUGAACUGAUUUUUUUCAUAAAGAUUUCAUAAUGAAUAAAUUUCUAAAAUCCCUCAUUUUCAGUAUCUCUGAAGCAAAUUAAGAGGUGAACACAUCUUGCAGUAAAUUGUAACAGGCAAACUUCCUCUCAUGCAUUUGGCAUUAAAAAUGGGAAAAAAAAAUUCUUACGACUUGAGAAUUUUAAGGGAAAAAAAACCCAACAGAAAUGACCUACAAAACGUAACUCUACUGACACAGUUUUUAGUAACCACUGCUAUGAAAUAACUUCCUAGCAAUAAUAAUUUUGGUGAUGUGAACAGUUGUUAAAAUUAGCAGUCAAUAACAGAGAUGAGCUCAUGGCUGAUAUCCAACCUGUAAAAAGACAUGAACUAUCUUAACAGUGUGUAUAGAUACCCGAUGGGAAGCAGUGAAGAAGAAGGAGCCAGGCUCUUCUCAGUGGUGCCCAACGAAGGGAUAAGAGGCAACGGGCACAAAUUGAAAUACUAGAAAUUCCAUUUAAACAUGAAAAAGAAAAUUCACUGUGAGGGUGAUCAAGCACUGACACAGGUUGCCCAGGGAGACUGUGGAGUUUCCAAGUUUCCAUCCUCGGACAAUUUCAAAACCUGACCAUACACGGCCCAGAGCAACCUGCUGUACUUGACCCUGGUUGUGCAGUGGGACUAGACGAUCUCCAGAGGUCCCUUCCAACCUCAACCAUUCUGUGAUUCUGUGUGAGUUGCCUUUCUUUGCAGCGCUGCAUUUUUAAAUUGAUGCCAUUUUUUUUUUCCUUCUUGAGACACAAACUUCCGGAUAGACUAGGAAAUAGCUCAGUAUUAAAAAUGUGCCCCCUUUUUAAAUAAGCUGCUUUUUGCUUGGCAGUUGUGCCAGGAAUACAGUUGCCUUUUUUGAGAUAGUUGCUUUCAGCAAAGAUAAUUAAAUACUGUAGCUGGUGAUGCAUUUCAACAGUUGAAAACAAAAGGAUUUUAACAGUUUCUGGCAUUGAUUAAAGAAGUGUUGCAUGCCAUUUUCCAAACAUAACUAUGAGUUUAUUAUCUUUUAAAAUUAGACUAUUUCACGUGGAAUCGUAAAAUUGCUACCAUCCUCUUGGGAAGAAGGGUUCAACAUACUGAACUUCCCUGCCUGUACAUACCAUGGUCAACAUUGUGGCAUUAUGCUUGACACCCUCACCCAGCUGUAUCCAGUUUUGCAGCUCCUAUGGGUCACAUAUAAAAAUCUUCAGAUGGCCGAGCUUUGAGACCUCUGCUGUGUCCCUCAGAUUGCCAAGAAUAUAGAUGAAUCCCAGGAGCGGUUCACAUGCAGUAAAUCACACUUGCUUUCUAGGGUUCCAUGGCUCGAGCACAGCUUAGCUGGGUCUGGCAGUGGCUCCCGGUGCACUGCCUGCUACAGCCAGGGCUGUGCAUUGCCCAGCACCCCCGCACCAGCAUUAGCUUCGUUCCCAGUCACGUAACAUGGCCUGGGGCCAAAUUGAGAGCCGUGUGGUGGCCAUCCCUGCACUCAUGCAGUACAAAAUUGAGGUUCUUUGGUUCUUCACAUCAGGGGAUCAACAGGAGAGAGAAGCUCAAAGUUGGCGUUUAAUUUUUUUUUUUUUAAAGCAGCAUUAAGUAUGCAUUGUCGAAAUUUCCCAUCAAAGAAACUCCACCUGUUGUAAGCAUGUACACAUGGGAAAAACCCUUUUAGUAAGUGUGAGAUGGCAGUUGGUUUUGGCACUAAAAAAACAGACUUUCACAAGGGAAUUGAGAGAAAGGCAGGGCUAGUUUUCUCUGAAAUAAAGCAGGUUGGAAUUUAGGAAACUUAAAGUUACCUUACAGACAAGGUUUCAUCUAUAAACCAUAAUGAACCUUGCUCUUGCCAUAACAAAGGGAGUGAGAUGUUUGCUGGAGCAGUUUAUACCUGUCAGGUGUGAUCUCUUCCCAGUGCUUCAAAGAAAGAAUCAGCUCAGUAAUUCACACUUUCCUUAGAAUCUGUGACACAUACAUCCUUUAAAAAAAAAAAAAAAAGGACAAUGAUACUACUGUGCUCAAUUUGCAAAAGUUCUUCUUUUACAGUAGCUGGAUUCUGUAGCAAUGGGCUUCUGGCUUCUGCUUAAGUCCCUGGAAGUUACUCAUGUGAUAUUUGUUUUAAACUCCCACUGACCUGAUCUAAAUUAGAUCAGGUUUAGGUCUUCAGUGAAGAGUUGGGCUUAACAUGUCUUGCCAGGAACAAACAUCAGAAAUUAUGUGUAAAUAUAUUCUGUAGCUAACAUUUUGUAGUCACAACAGCCUAACAGGUAUUUUUAAAUGUCAAGGUAUACAUACUUAGAUACAUUUUUAUUUGUUCAGAGUUACACAGCACUUUUUCAUAAUGUUUGCAGAACAAAAUUCAAAGACUCAGCACAGUCCUGUCCAAUCUUCUGUUUGCUCCUCUGCUCCUGCAUAUAACAUCUGUAUCUAUUUCUGAGCUCUUACUGUCUUUCUGGUGCGGCUGGAAAGUGUCUCUUUAUUAGACUGCUGCCCACUAUUUAUUUAAGGGCUUGGAGGAGGCUUAUCAGGGUUGUCUGAUCCAUAUGCAGAUCCUUACAUGCAGAAAAACGGUUAGUCAAAACCAGUUUAGGUCCCAAUUGUUUACAGGAGAACAAGCAAUUUAGCCCAGAAAGUGGAGUCAAUAACUAAUGGAUAAUCUUCCGUGAUCAUCCUGACAGCAUGAAAGGUGUCUGUAACGCACCAGUCCAGCACUCACCAGUCAGGGACUGCUAACUUCGCUGCCAUGCGUACUCGCUCCCCUGCGUACAUGUGAAGUGAGCAGCGAAGGAUGCUCCUAAUGCUGAAGUAGAUGUACGCAUGGGAGCGGUGAAUGUUUUGCGUCCAGUCAACUUCCCCACCAUUCUUUCUCUUCACUUGUACUACAAGUAAUUUGCGUUGGAUCCCUGUUUUUCUGGAAUGAACUUUGCGGUGUAUGUGGUCAGCCAUUUUGAUUACUGCAAGUGCACUCAUGUGCGGAGCCAUCAUGCAGGAGAGGCCAAAAGUUGUUUACAAACGUUCUACUCUAUUCUGGGCCCGGAUUAGUCUCUACAUGCUUUAAAUUCCCCUUUGGGAGACAUGCAUAAAGACAUCGUGCUAAGAUCAAUGCUAUUCACGCUCAAUAUAUACUUUAGAAAUCUGCAAUAUGAAUUGUUAACUUUAAUGUUUGUUUGCUGAUUUUUAUCGUAAGUGGAAGAAACCUAUAAUCAAUGUGUUAUACAAAAGAAUCAGAGGACCAAGGUUUCCAGCUACUCAUGCUGCCUUUUUGAGUAUCUUAACUGUAUCUUGAUUGGAUGGUGUUAAUUUGUUGUCUGAGACUGUUACAGUGAUUGUAUUGAUUUAUUUUAUUUUUAAAUAUGUGGCAAGGAAGAUUGUAAUAAAAGCAUCUACAUCUAA